GCAAAACGAAGAAGACGCUUUACUUCAUUUACUUUUACUGACGCCGCAUAGCAGGAAGCAAGUUCUUGGGGAUAUAAAAUUUACAGAUUUGGAAAUUUUAAAAAAUAAUUAGUUAUUUUGUUGUGAUGGAGGAAACCUGGAAAAAUCUGGUUACUGAUCCCGACGUGGAAACGGAACUGCGGACUUCAGAAAAUAUGGACGACCCCAAUAGGAAUACAAAACCUGUCACCUCAGAACCCACUUUUCUAAAUGAGAUCUCAUCUACAAAUGACACCAAAACGCAGUUAGAACUUGAAGCUGCAUACGCGAUACUUUGUGAAAGACUAUCCAAUCACAAAGCUUGCAUUGGUCAAAACGCAUGUCUACUUUGUAAAUUAAAAAAAAUUACGUCCCAGGUAAUCAGUUUUGAAGAGGAAAAAUUGGAUGUUCCUGAAAAGGUUGAGACCCCAUUCCAGGAUAGAGGAACCCAAAUUUCUCAGGAAGGAUCAACGGAGGAGCCAACAAAUAUCAAGGAUCCAAAUGAAACUACAGGAUCCUUAGUUAAUUUUAAGACUGGAACGGGUGGAACCCAUGGAGGAACAUCGGAACCCACAUUCCUGAAUGGGCUCUCAAUUAUAAAUGAAACAAAGUCGUCUUCAGAGACUUCUUCCAGUAUGACUCUCAAGUCAGGACUGAAAUGGUUGCGCAUUGUAAAUAAUAUGCAAAAGAAAAACCCAAAUGACCCCCUAACCACUGACGUGGCUCUCCAAGUAUUAGAAGCCGUGAAAAAUCACCUUCUUGAUAAUUGUAACUCAAUUCCCAAAGUACAAGAUAAAAUGUCACCUGAUUUGAAAGAGAUCUCUCUUUCGAAACCGAAUCGGUUCCAUAUGUUUGGCGUUGAAGAUGUUCGAUUGAUUAAACUGUUGUAUUUGUUACACAUUUUUUCUAUUUUGCUUUUAUCAUGUUUAUUUGUUCAUGGUAUUUACAAUUAAUCAGGAAUUUAUGGAUUUUUGUACAUUAUACCAUUUAAGAUAUUUAAAUUAAAACUUAUUUUAAUCACGU